UUUUUUUUUUUUUAGCGUGUGUGUAUGUGUGUGUGUGUUAGGUUGUCCCUCCCUGCCGUGUAUUUAUCUGACAUGUUUUUCCAUCAACACUGACACCGUAUAUUUUAAUUCCCACCGACUGAGCGUUGGAAAAAUAAGACGGCGGGUCGAUGUCCAAAGACAACCGCCACGAUGGACGGCGGCGCGGAGCCGGACAGCACCGCCUCGGCCCGAGAGUUAGUCAAGGUGGGGACGGGAGGGAGAGGUCUGGUAGCAACAGUUCUGGCUCCUCGCAUGGAGGGGGCAAAAGCAAGAAUGCAACCAUAUCCGCUUUGAAGGCAUCUUUCCAGCGCUCCAACAGCCUGGACAAAGUGCGCAAGAUAGUUGCUGAAGAGGGCCGUGCUGCUCGAAACCUCAUUGCCUGGAGUGUACCUCUAGAGAACAAGGAGGAGGAAGCAAAGUCCAAAAGCAACUCUGGUGGCGGUUCAAGAGCUCAGAGGAUAAAUUCUGGUCAACAAAGGAAUAAAAAACAGAAUGCUGGUCUGGAAAUUAAAAGCACAGCUGGUGCCUUACUGGACAAGGGGCCGGAAAAAAGCCCCACCAAAACCAGGCAGCCCCGCAAAGUAGACCUGCGUGCACGCUACUGGGCUUUCCUCUUUGACAACCUGCGCCGAGCUGUGGACGAGAUUUACGUUACCUGUGAAUCUGAUCAGAGCGUCGUAGAAUGCAGGGAGGUGUUGAUGAUGUUGGACAACUAUGUCCGGGAUUUCAAAGCUCUCAUAGACUGGAUCCAGCUUCAGGAGAAGUUGGAGAAAACGGACGCCCAGAACAGGCCCACAUCUUUAGCCUGGGAGGUACGUAAGAUGUCUCCAGGACGUCAUGUGAUUCAGCCAUCAGCCGACCGCAUGGUUCCUUCUCCAGGCGCCCGCCGCACCCUCACCUUUGGCGGCCCCCCACCUACACUUGCUGCAGCCAGGCUCUCCCACUCAGGCCCCAGCUGGGCAGACAGAGUCAAGUGCACUCAGUCGGCCAUGAGCUCCACCCAAUCGACCAGCUCCCCUGUAGAAAAACUGGGUAAAAAAGAUGCAGAAGGCUGGGAGACGGUCCAGCGAGGAAGAACUGCCAAACCUCGCUCUGCCAUGGUUGCCAAAAAGGAGCAACAAAUCCGUCCUGAGUGUCAGUCGGAAAAGGACACAACCCAAAUGAACACUCAGCAGCAAGCCCCUGUGGAGCCUGACCCACCAGAGAAGGUUGAGAGUCCAGAGAACCAACACAUAAUUGAGCCCCCAGCAGAGAGUGUACAAGACUCGGGGCAGUGUGUCAACGCACCCUGCGAAGACGCGCCUCCCCCAAUACCGGCUCUAUCCCCUUCCCAAGCCCCAGAGCUGACCCCGUCCUCCGCCUCAGACCCACCAACAGACAUUACCUUAUCAGUCCCGGUCCCUGCUCUGUCCCUCUCCCCAUCCCCAGACCUUCCCCAGACGGAGGGGCUCAGUGCACUGUUGGCCUUGGGGGACAGUGGGGCUGAGGGGGGCGCGUCGCAGGGCAUGGCCACAUCUGCUCCAGGACAGGCUGAGACUCCCAUGGCAGCGAUGAAACUGGAGAGUGUGCUGGACCCCACAGAGCUUUCUACUCCCCAGUCCAUGGCAGAAGUCCUGGCCAAGAAAGAGGAGCUCGCCGACCGACUGGAGAAGGCCAACGAGGAAGCCAUUGCCAGUGCCAUUGCUGAGGAGGAGCAGCUGACCAGAGAGAUCCAGGCUGAGAACAACGACCUGGACACUGACAACGAGAGCGACUUCUCUGCUAGCAUUGGCAACGGAGGUUGUGGAGCGAACAUUGAUUGGACAGACGUGCUGGCAGACUAUGAUGCCCGCGAGCCAUGGCGUCAGAGCACGUCGUGGGGCGACAUAGUAGAAGAAGAACCUGCUAGGCCUCCGGGUCAUGGGAUACACAUGCACGAGAAACUGUCCUCACCAUCACGCAAAAGAACCAUUGCCGAGUCAAAGAAGAAACAUGAGGAGAAACAGCUGAAGGCGCAGCAGCUGAGGGACAAACUCCGCGAGGAAAAGACGCUCAAACUGCAGAAGCUCUUGGAGAGAGAGAAGGAGGUGAGGAAAUGGAAGGAGGAGCUGUUGGAGCAGCGUCGUAAGAUGAUGGAGGAAAAGCUGUUACAUGCGGAGUUUAAGCGAGAGCUGCAGCUGCAGGCGAUUGUGAAGAAGGCCCAAGAAGAAGAGGCAAAGGUAAAUGAAAUUGCAUUCAUCAACACUUUGGAAGCCCAGAACAAGAGGCACGAUGCCCUGGCGAAGCUGAAUGAGUACGAGCAGCGCCUGAACGAGCUACAGGAAGACAGGCAGAGGAGGCAGGAGGAGAAGCAGGCCAGAGAUGAGGCUGUGCAGGAGCGUAAACGGGUGCUGGAAGCUGAGCGGCAGGCACGGUUGGAGGAGCUGCUGGUGCGGAGGAAAGAGCAGGAGGCUCGUAUUGAACAGCAGAGACAAGAAAAAGAGAAAGCUAGAGAAGAUGCAGCACGGGAGAGAGCCAGAGAUCGGGAAGAACGUCUGGCUGCUCUUAGUGCUGCUCAACAGGAGGCUAUGGAGGAGCUGCAGAAGAAAAUCCAGAUGAAGCAUGACGAGAGCAGCCGAAGGCAUAUGGAGCAAAUUGAGCAGAGGAAGGAGAAGGCUGCUGAACUCAGCAGUGGCCGACAUGCUAACACGGACUACGCCCCAAAACUGACACCUUAUGAGCGCAAGAAACAGUGCUCCCUGUGCUGUGUCGUGAUCACUACGGAGGUGCACCUGUUCAGCCACACCAAGGGCAAGAGGCACCAACAGGCCGUGCGAGACAGUAGUAGCAUCCAAGGACGGGAGCUCUCUGAUGAGGAAGUGGAGCAUCUUUCCUUAAAGAAAUACAUAGUGGAUAUAGUGACGGACAGCUCUGUGUCUUCUGAGAGCAUGAAGGAUGGAGAGGAGAGGCAGAAGGCGAGGAAGAAGGCAAAGAAGCUCCGUGCCAGGAUGAACUCCAGGGCAAAGGAAUAUGAGACAUCAAUGGAGGCUAAGACACAGGUCCCUGAAUCGCCAUACAAAGCCAAGUUGCAGCGCCUGGUGAAGGACCUGUUGAAGCAGCUCCAAGGCCAGGACAGUGGCCAGUGGGCAAACAACAAGGUGUCUGGUCUGGACAGAACUCUGGGCGAGAUCUCACGCAUCUUAGAGAAACAGAACAAUGCAGACCAAGUGGCCUUCCAAGUGGGCGGCGGCCUGUCUGCGCUGGAACAAAUUCUGCAGGUCAUCACUGCUGCCUCCACGCCCACUUCAGUUCCUCGUAUCCCUCACAAAUCCCUGUGUGCUGCUGUAAAUAUCUACUUCCUGGCGUGUUCCUGCUGCCCCCUCAACUGCUCCUAUGUGCUGUUUAGCAACAAGAUAGCACUCCUCAUGGACCUGCUGCUGCAUCAGCUAACACUAUAUGUUCCAGAAGAGGAUAAAUCCAUUUGUGGCCGUAGUUUGAACAAACAAGUCUUUGAGGGUCUAACCACCGGUCUGCUGCAGACCAUUGCUACCGUCCUGGGAUCUCUGUGGCCACAUAUCCCAGAGUCUGGACAAAACGAAAAGUGGAUUUCCUCCCCAGAUGCCAAGGUCAAGAGCUCUGCCACUGAGUCCUUCAACACUCGCACACAAGACCUCAUCAGCUACGUAGUAAACAUGGGUUUGAUCCACAAGCUGUACGGCUGCUUCUUGUCGGUCCAGGGCCCCGUAGACGAGCAUCCGAAGAUGUCUGCGUUCCUCCAUCAAGCCUCCACUCUGCUGCACAGCAUGUGCAAGCUGUGUUUUGUGGUAACCGGACGUGCUCCCAGUAUAUUUGACAAUAAACGCCAGGACCCGUCUGGACUGACGGCCCUGCUGCAGUCCACAGACCUGGUGGGAGUUGUGCACACCCUGUAUUGCAUCCUGCUGCACAGUUUUGCACCAGAGUCUUCUUCCCAGAGUCAGGAGCCCUACGGCCCCGGGGUCAUCCAGGUGGCUUUGCAAGGCAUCCGCUUCCUCAACAAUUUUGCUCUCCUUGACCUCUCCGCCUUCCAGUGUGUCCUAGGAGCUGAAGGGCUGUCUCUAGCUUUCCGACACAUCGUCAGCUCUCUGCUCUGGUACUGUACCCAGCAUUCCUCCGAUGAGCUGCUGCACGAAGUCAUCAUCUGUGUGGGCUAUUUCACUGUUAACCACCCUGACAACCAGGUGAUAGUGCAGUCUGGCCGCCAGCCGAGCGUGCUGCAGAAACUCUGUCAGCUGCCCUUCCAGUACUUCAGCCACCCGCGCCUCAUCAGAGUGCUCUUCCCCUCCCUCAUCUCGGCGUGCUACAACAACUCCCAAAACAAAGUCAUCCUGCAGCAGGAGAUGAGCUGUGUGCUGCUGGCUACAUUCAUACAGGACUGUGCGGCAAAUGAGAAAGACAACAAAAUAAAGCAAACAGUUUCCCAGCCGCUGGAUUUCUGCGAGUUGUCUAACCGCUUUCCAAGAGACCAGUGGGACUCAGCGCUGCAGUUUUUUCUAAAGAAACAAGAGGAGUGAUGAAGUUGCACACUGUCCUGAAAACUUCACGAGGACAAAACAAACACUACAAGAGACUGAGUUGAGGAGUUUUUGGGGGUAUUUGUAUUUUGUUCCUUACUGUAAGUCAGCACACUAUAAAUCAAUCUUCAAAUGAUAUCAACUGUUAAGAUGGUGAAGCCUUAUCCUAUGUUUGUUUUGAUUUCAUGGAAAUCCGAAUGUUGUUUUUCGAGAAAUUUGCACAAAAUGUCUUGUUUUUACGUUACAGUUAGAAGACGCACAACGAUUCCAUUUAAUGUCUAAACAAGCCAUUUGUUUCUUUUCUUAUUCCUGUUGUAGUUAAAAACUGAUCCUGAUUUAAAACAGUGAUGUUCUAAACCUGUAACAUUUACUUAUACUGUUAUUUAUACGUUGCCAAGCAUUUCAUAAAUACUGUUUAUAUUAAUUUAUUGCAUUUCUUUCUUUUGAAUAUGAAACUAGAACGUUGUCACUAGUUUAGUAAAGAGCCAGUUUUAAGUUUCAUGACCUGCCUUGAUGCAACGACAAGUUAACAGUUGUUUUUUUUUUCAAGUUCACUCCUUUGUAUUUUUUCCUCUGUUAGAAGGUAUUUACAAAUUAAUAUAAUUUAUUGACUUAUUUACCUUUUGUUGUGAAAUAAAAUACCUAUGUUAACGUGUUAUUGGAAA